AUGGAUGGGAUCGACGUCGAGGUGCUUCUGCACAGGCUCCGCGAGUCGCGCCUUCCGGCCGAAGAGCGUCGUGCCUCACUCGAGACGCUUCGUCAAGCACUACAUCCUUUGAUAGCCAGUAGCUUCACAGACUUGACCUUAGAUCCUUUGAUCGAGGCAGCGAUCCGAGAAGCGCCUAGCGAUGUCCGUCGAACCGUCUUGCAAAGCAUCUCAUUGCACAUCGAGAAGGAGCAUUCCAGUAUCAACUCCGACCAACAUGCGCUGAAGGCCGUCCACGCGCUGUUGGGACCCAUCGAUGACUUUCUCAGAUCUACGCUCAAGAUUAAAAGCUCGAAGGCGGUCCCUCUUUCGGCAACUCGAUCGGGCGCCGACAUUCUGAGUCUAUCCACCUCUGCCCUGCGCGCCAUCGCUGCAGCACUCAAGACGCUUCAUGCCCUUCUGCGGAUUCUGCCCAAGCAAACCAAGACUCCAUCUCCGGCUUCGAGCACAGGCAGCAAGAAUGCAAGCCUCUCGAGCUUGAUCGACAUCCUACUACCGUGUAUAUUCGCUGGCCUACAAGCAGCACGACCAGCGACAAUGACCGUACCCCGCUCCACCUCAAGUGUACAAGCUGGAGCAUUCUCUUGGAAACAACCCGUGCGGUACUCUCAUCCAGCGUCGACACGUGAUCAACAGUACAAUGCCUCGAGAGCCGAUGAUUCGUCGAGCGGCGAAACGGACCGCAAGAGCGACAAGAGCGAAAGCGAGCCUAGUGACAUUUCCACCACUUCCACCUCCAGCGCUCGCAGCAGCAAAGCUGAGUCCCGGCAGCUGGAGACAGCCAAAAAACUCAAUCGUCAAAACGCCUUGUACUGUUUGACCGAACUCAACCGGCUUGAAUCGCGCUCGCUCAUAACUCGAUGGAGCCAUCUCUUACCUGAUCAGCCAGCCUCGAAUCCCUUCGAUAAGCCCACUCCACCUUUGGUCUCACGGCCAUUACCGUCUGCAGUCAACAGUGCUCCUCUCUCAUUGUGCACACUCAUUACGAACGAUUCAUCGACUUCAGUUCGGCUUGCAGCCAUGUCUGCCCUUGAAUCCAUCCUUUCACAUGGCGCAUUACAAUUUUCGAUGGCGCAAGAACGAGCACAACGCGCACUAUCGUUUACUUCGCUAUCGUCGCAGCUGGCCGGCUGGAUUGUUAAUAUUCGCUCGUACUUGGUGGUUGCGUUACAGAGGGCUGCGCGUGCACCAAGUGCGUCGGGCAGCGGUGGGGAAGCAGUGGGAAUUCCUUCCACGCUGAUCAUUGCGCUAUUGCAACUGAUACGAGUAUUCGUUGUCAAUACGAGUAAGGCGAAGCUCGUCAUCGCAAAUGCGGCGGUGCUGGGCCAGGUUGUGGUGCCGUUCGUCUCGCACAGCGAUACUGAGGUGCAAGGCGCAGCGAAAAGAGUAUUGGGGUUGCUUGUACCAGCUUCUAACCUGACCCGUACUGGGCUAGCGAAACCCCUGGAUUCACUCCCUCCUGCAGCAGGCAAUCCAGCCGUUGCUUCCAGCAGCGCGAUGUGUUCUGGCCUUGAAACGAUGGUAGACUUCACAGCGCUGCUUAGCGAGAAAGCAGAGCUAAACGCUUCAUUAUGCGAGCAGGUUCUGGCAGCUUUCGAAGCGGCGAAUGACCCGGUACAGCAUCUACCAACGUGGUCCUCGUUCGUGAAAGCUCUCGCUGACGGCCCAUCUGACUUGCUCGGAACGAUAGAGUGUAAGCGGCUAUUGACAAUCUGGCAAAAGCUAAGCACGAGGACCUGCAAAACGUCGGAUCAACAGAAUGCCACGUUAUCGAGCCUUCCAGAUCUCUGGAAGGUGUUGUCGCAGGGUUCGACAGUGGACGGCGAAAUGCUUCCGACUAUCCUGCAAUACGUCAAAAGUUGUUGUGAGAAUGGUGACGAGGCGAUUCGUGCUGCAGCCGUUCGUGUGCUGGGACUGCUCGUCCUCCCAUCAGACACAUCUUCGCCUUCUUCAGAUGCUGCAAGCGAUGGAGCUGAGGUGCAAGACAGUCUCCGCGAAGCACUGUGGGGAGCCGAUCUACUGCACGACAAAUCAAGCUUAGUUCGUCAGCGAGCAGCAUGGGCCUUCUCCAACGUCGUCGAAGCUCGGCUUCGCUCCGGCACAUCUCCUUCUGCCCAACAGUGGAUCUCUGAUGCGCAAUACUGUCUUGAGGCAGCACGAGACAUCGAAGGAGUUGCUGUAUCUGCAUGUCGGGCUUCUGGCAGUCUGCUUGCGCUGCUUGCACCAUCAGCAUCAGCGGAAGCACGCAGCUUGGCCGUCAAGCUAAUCGAACAGCUUUGCAAGGUGCUAGGUACGACAUUCAAGCCGCCAAAGUCGCGCUGGAAUGCAGCGUCUGCGAUGGAGCGUGCACUACGCUCGGAUAUCGUCUUCCGCCUUUUGUCGGAGAAAGGACCAUUGCUGAAUCAAAGUGUAGAGUUGCUGUGCGUGAACUUGGACGCAAAGGUGUUCAAAAUCCGUGUCAGCUCCGCGAGUGCGCUUAUGUCGCUGCUCGGAGGACCGAAAACAGCCCAGUCGGAAUCGGGCAACGCCACGAGACAGGAGCUGCUGGGUGAGGAGCGCUGUGAGAGGAUCAAUGGCUUUGCUGCCGCCCGCUUGGCCGAGCUUGCCUUGCCCGCUUCUCAGUCGAAAGAGUCAUCGCUGUACGUCGAUGAGCUACAACGACUCUUGACUUGCCUCGUCACCCUUUCCUCCUGA